AUGCCUUCUUCUGUCUUACAAGACCAAGUUCCACACUCCAUAUUAUUCCCUGAUACUCCAUUAUUUUCUCUUCCUCCGCGUGUCUUUGGGAGCACCUAUUUUGUUCACAUUUUCCCUCAUGGUCAGGAUAAACUGUCAGCCAAGUCUACAAAAUGUAUUUUCUUAGGGUAUUCACGUCUUCAGAAGGGCUACAAGUGUUAUUCUCUCGCCACACAUCGCUACUUCAUCUCUGCUGAUGUUACGUUCUUUGAGUCUUCUCCAUUUUUUCCUCAUCCUCUAGUGGAGUCUGAUCUGGUAGUAGAUGUUCUACCAAUUCCAUACGUUGCUUUCCCACCUUCGUCUGUUUCGAUACCUCAGUCUACUACUAAUACCACUCUUCCUGUCAACAAUAGACUUGUUCCUUUUAUAGGUGAUCCUGAUGUUCCCACUGCCGUUCCUAAGAUCCUUGUUACUACAGGUCCUGUGCCCGAUUCCUCCAAUGCCACGGUCCUGUCUCCAGCUGAUCAGUUUCCCAUUGCUAUUCGUAAAGGUAUGCGGUCUACACGCAACCCUCAUCCCAUCUACAAUUUUUUGAGUUGUCAUCGUUUAUAUCCUUCAUAUUAUGCCUUUGUCUCUACCCUUUCUUCUGUUUAUGUUCCUUGCAAUGUUCAUGAAGGACUUUCUCACCCCGGGUGGCAUCAGACAAUGGUUGAAGAAAUGUCUGCUUUGCAUCAUAAUCAUACUUGGGAGUUAGUUUCCUUACCUCUGGGCCAUUCGACUGUUGGUUGUCGACGGAUUUACACUGUAAAGGUUGGUCUAGAUGGAAGUGAUCAAGAUGGCAUUGGACAAUUGAAGCAACACUUGUUCAAACACUUUCAGACGAAAGACUUAGGGCUACUCAGAUACUUUCUUAGCAUAGAAGUCCCUCAGUCUAAAUCUGGUAUUGUUAUUUCUCAGAGGAAGUAUGUACUGGAUAUUCUAGAGGAAACAUGGAUGUUAGAUUGCAGACCAAUGGACUCUCCUAUAGAUCCUAAUUUAAAACUUUCACCUGGACAGGGGGAGGCCCUUACUGAUCCUAGAAGGUAA